AUGAGUUCUUUCGCGAAAAGGAAAGCGCGCGUCAUCAAGGUUGACGAUGAUGACGACGUUACCCUCGGCGGCAGCAGCUCAACCACGACUGAUCAGCAGCUCGUAAGCGAAGAGGCCCCCGCGCCCAAAUUCACGCGAAAACCAUUAAGACAGUCCGGCUUGCGCAAGAGCAUCAACGUGAAUCAAAUUGACGAUCCCGACGGCGCAUCCACGACGCUGGGGAAGGCAGCCACCGCACACAAUGACGAUGAAGACGACGGACCGGUCGUGAUUCGCCCCGCCAUCGGCCGCGCCGGCUCGACCAAACAGAAGAAGCGCGCGUCAACCUCUCGAUUGUCCUUCGGUCCCGGUCAAGAUACUGGCGGCGCCGCUUUCAGCACGCCGAAGAAGUCGUCUCUCGGCCAGCAGGCGGCCGAGAACAGCGCCAUCAAGAAGCCAGGCUUCACACACCGUCUUCCCAUGCGCCGCUUCAACGACGAUGAAGAAGACCGGCCACGCUACAGCAAGGAGUUUCUCGACGAGCUGCAGAGCUCGACACCCAACACACCACAGCCCAUUUCCUCAUUGCGCGGCACGAGUGACGACGAGAUGGAAUUGGACCCCUCGGAACUGGAAGGCGCGCUUAUCGUCAACGAGGGCACGUACACCGAAGCCGCAGUGCCCCAGCAGACAAGCAUACUCAGCAACACGGAGAUUCAGGAGCGGAAGCAGCGGCGCGCGCGACUGGCGAGAGAAGAAGACUUCAUCUCGCUGGACGAUGAGGGCGACGACCGGACGGAUGGCAAACCAUCAGAAAACACGCGUCUUGUGCCCGAAGACGAAGACCUUGGCGAAGGCUUUGACGACUUUGUCGAAGAUGGCGGUUUGUCGCUGGGCAAGAAGGCAGAGCGCGAGGAGAAGGCGCGUCGACGCCGCGAGAUGGCCGAGCAGAUCCAGAUGGCGGAAGGCAACUCGGAGGAGUCAUCGGACGAGAGCGACGCCGAGCGUCGGGCGGCGUUCGAGGCGGCGCAGACGCGCAGUGGCAUGGACGGCUUGAGCAAGCCGGAGAAGAGGGACCCAGCAGAAGCGCUGCUGCAGGUUCCCGCCAAAAUCACUCCGUUGCCGGAGCUCGAUGGCUGUCUGGAGAAGCUCAGUCUGUCGUUACGGGGGAUGGAGGGUGCGUUGCGAGAAAAGCAGAGUGCACUGGACAGGCUCAAGGCGGAGAGGGAGGCGAUUCUAGCUAGAGAAGGAGAAGUCCAAGCUCUGCUAGAUGAGGCGGGUAAAAGGUACACCUCCAUCUUGGGCGGCUCGGGUCCGACGCUUGAAGCAGGACAAUCGCCCGCUAGGCAGAUUCAGAACGCCGGCAUGAGCGAGCUUGCGGUCGAGAGGGGCCUCGAGAGCUUUGGCACAACGCCAGUUCGACGGCCUGAUGGAGGUGACGAGUGA